CCUAGUCGAAAAUAUACGAGAAAAUGGCGAUUGGUGAAGAAGCAUAGUGUCUGAGAUCAUUUUAUUCUAAUGAACUAAACCACAUGUUCGUCCACCUGGUUUAAUAUAUUUCUAUCGGAAAAGACAAUCGUGAAAAUUAUGGAGAGCUCUGGUGGAACCGAAUCUACGAAUGUUCCCACCAUAACUACUGCCGAUAUAUCCGAGGAGCUUCCGAAUACGGACGAAGGAACAUUUCCUUCUCCGGAAAACGAAACGCAGACAGUCAGCGUUGGCCUUAGUGUUAGCGCUUUACCUAACGUCCUUGUUGCUACUAGUCAAGGUUUGUUUACUCCGGAACAGUUGCAUGAAGCAGGCUUGAAAACUACUCAUUUUGUAAUUCAUGACCAAGCAACUAUUGAUACAGCUGUAUUUAAAUUGAAAACACCAACCACACCUCUGACACCUUCUCCUGUGUGUACUCCAGGAACACCACUUACUCCGAUUAGUGCUGGUAUUACAGAAAAGAAACUUCCUGGCUUCAAGUACAACUGGGAGCCAUCCGUCCACGACCCAGUUUUACCCGUUAGAUGUCGAAAUGUUUGUGGAGAACUUCAUAAAAACAGAUUUGGCUCAGGAGGAAGAGGAAAGUGUAUUAAAGUUGGUGAAAGUUGGUACACCCCAUCAGAGUUUGAGGCUAUUUGUGGAAGAGCUAACAGCAAAGACUGGAAAAGAAGCAUUCGAUAUGCUGGUCGAACCCUUCAGUGUCUUAUUGAAGAUGGUGUUCUUCAACCUCAUGCCACAUCUUGUACUUGUACUGCUUGUUGUGAUGAUACAACUGUGAGUGGACCGGUUCGUCUUUUUAUACCAUAUAAAAGAAAAAAAAUCCAACAAGAAUAUUCUAAUUCUCCAGUAGAGAGUCCCAUGAUACAGGAGUGUGAAUCUGAAGCUGUAACUCUCUCCACUUCAAGUAAUGAAACCUUCCCUGUGAUGGCUGCUUCUAAUACUCUUGUGGAUGAAUCCGGAGGAGGUACUAUGAUAGUAACACCAGCAGCUACCCCUCAGACACCUGUGACAGGAACUGCAACAUUAGACAUAAAUGAACAGCGCCACUGGUGGCAAUUAGAAGAGAUGAUAAAGAACCUAUUGCGGCAAGUACAAGAACUCCAAAAACAAGUUGAAGCAGUUAAGGUACAAAGUGUUUCAGCUAGAGAAGCAGCCGUACAUCAAGUGAAAACACAACUUGAAAAGGAGAAAAAAGAGGCCCUAAGUACUGCCAGGAUAGAAGCCCAAAUGAAUCUUUCUCGAGCUAUUUUGGAAGCACGUAUGGAAAAAGAGAUAGCUGUCCAGCAAGCUGUUCAACAAGCUAGAGUAGAGAUUCUUGAAAAUCAAGAUAACAAUUCAACAGAAAAAACAGAUACGUUUAAACGAUGUAACAACUGUAACCGAGAAGCUUUCCACGAAUGUACAGGAUGCCAUCGUGUCAGUUACUGUAGUGUCUUCUGCCAGCGGAAAGACUGGACGAGCCACCAGGAGGAAUGUGGAGAAAUGCUUGCUGUUGAAGAAGGAACAUGAUUGGAACAGUAACCAUGUGUGCUUUUGUACAAUAAACCCCUAAUCUUCUGGUAAAAGAACCAAGUUACUUACAGAUGUUGUGGUUCUUUAGUAGGAAAACUCGACCAAUUGUGUUGUCAGAUGAUGAUUUAUAAUAAAAUAGUCUUACAAAGAAUAUGUGUUUUGAAAUACAGAAUCUUUUUGGAUGAUCCUGUGCAAUGUAUAAUAUAUAAACUGGACUUCUGGAUACAGUUCUAGGAAAUUGAUCAAUGAGAAGAAAGCUCACUGAACUAGUUAUAACUUUUGUUUUCAUAUAAGUUGUCAUCAUCUUUUUAACUUGUAUCAAAAUAGUAUGAAGAUUAACUUUUA